UUAAGCCGUUGGUCCCCCAGGUUAAGUGUUAGAGAGGGCUUCUUAGCCCUAACUUCGCCUGGUAAAAUAAGACAUUCUUUACUUUUUUUUACUUUUUAUUUAAAUUUAAUCUUUUCAAGUAGUAAAUACCUGUAAUAUGAAUAUUCCCAAGAAAAUAAUUUAUUAUAAUUUCAUCAAUUUAAUUGGAAUGAUUUUAGAAUGUUAAUCUUAGUAACAGUUUCCUUGGAAUAAUCAAUCAUUUAAUUCCAGUGGUAAUGUAUUUUUGGAAAUAAAACUAAUUUAAUAAUAAUUUAGAAUUGUUUUAUUUUCACAAUUCAUUUUUAAUCCUCACAAUAAUUCUACAGUAGAGAAAAGUCCAUUCUACAAUCCACACGUAAAAAUGGUAGAGGUUUUAAAAAAAGUUGUUUGUUUGUUAUUUCUUCCAAGAAAUAAAAAAUAAAUUUAACUUUGACAAAAACAGAUUUUUAAAUAUCUCUAAAUGCUCAGUAAUUGAACAGAGGCCAAACUUUCUUAAACACUUUAAGAGUUAAGUGUAGUUUACUUCAUUAUUUAUUUUAAAGGUGGUCUGUAAUACCUUAUUUAUUACAAAGUUUAAUGCCUUAGUAAAAACAAGUAAAUUGAAAUAAUUUUUCUUAGUAUUUAUAGUACAUUUGUUCAAUGUUAGCAACCAAGUGUUGUAACCAACCCCGUAUUCCCAUAGUCUUAAAUAAAUUUAAAAGGGCAGCUAAUUUAUACUUAUUGUCUAUUUGUCUAUUUCAUAUAAAAAUUUGAUAUGUUUGUUUUACUUAAAUAGUAACUUUAUUUCCGCUUAUCUGUAAUUUUUGUGGUUUCAAUGCAAAAUGAAUUUAUCCCCCUCCUUUAUUGAACAGACAAAUCAAUAAUUAAUGUAACAUUUUAACAAUGUUUUAUAAAAUAAAACACAAAUUGUUGAAAAUAUAGAGAAUAAUGGGGCAGGUGUCACUCUAAAUUUAAUUUUGUUUAUGGUAACAAAAUCUGUUUGAAAUAUUUUAUUUACAUACGUUAAGGCAUGUUACUAACCUCGCUUAUUUUACUAAUGUUACUAACUAAUGCCUAGACUAACUACUAAAGUAUAUAACAGUUUUAUGUGCUUGAAGUGUCUCAUGGUGCUGUCAGCUUCACCUACUUUUCAAAACAACAUUAUUUUAAAAAUUAAAGUAUGUCAUCAUAAUGCUUUAUGAUGUGCAAAAAAAAAAAACAUAUUGGUAAUUAUAUAUUUGCAGAAAUAUUAGUUUAAUCAUUAUUAACUAGAAAAUUAGUGGUGUAAAUUUGAGUUCUCGUUAAAAAACUACUAAAUUGUUUAAAAAUUAAAGAUCUAUUGAAGAAGUAUUGUAAUAAAAUUACAGGUCUCAAAAGAAGGAAUAUAAAUUUUGAUGAAAUAAAUUAUUGAGAUACAUUGUACAUGUAUUAAUUUUGUUAGUUAAGCUUAUGUUCAAAAUUAUUAUAAUGUCAACAACCGUGUUGUUCAUUAUUAUCAAGUAAUAUUAAAAGCUAAAUUCUUUUGUUUUACAUAAUAAUAAUUUUGUAUUUAAUAAAUGACAGCACUCAACUUUUAUAUAAAAACUAUUUUAUAUAAAACAUUUUUUGCAUGUAUACACAUACACGUAGUAUAUUUUGAUACAGAGUUUAUAAAAAAUUAAUGAAAUCAAAAGGCAUAACAAUAUAUAAAUAAACAUAAAUAAUACAGCACUAAUAACCAAACUCUGAAAUUUUGUCUUAUUUUAACUAGAAUUUUAUGUAGACAGUCGCUGUGGAAGGGAAUAAUGACAGCUACCUAUAAUAAUUAUGAUAUGACAUUGAUUAACAAGGUCCACCUGAUGGAUGUGGUUAACCAGGUGGCUGUGGUUAAUCAGGUAUCUGAUGGCUGUGGUUAACCAGGUAUCUGAUGGCUGUGGUGAACCAGGUACUUGAUGACCGUGGUUAACCAUGUGUUUGUAUUGAUGUCACUCUUCAAAUGACUACAAAUUGACUAGUCUAUGUAGAACACUUUCAUUCCAGAUUAUGAAUGAGUCAAUUGCUUAUAUUAUUGUGAUUUGACUGUCCUUCAAUAAAUAGAAAUUAAAAAUAUUAUGAAUUUUUAUAUUCUGGAUAGUUAACUCACCGACUGUCUAAUUUUCUAGGUUAUGGGUAUUUAAAUACUGGGAUUAUUAUUAGUUCAUAAUAUUUAUUAUUAAAGGUUAACUGUGCUUUGUACAGCGAUUGUUAAUUCAUGUGUGUGUGUCCGUGUCCGUGCCCAGGUACAAAAAAGGUUUAUACCUGCGAGUGCGGGAAGGUUUACCCGCACCACGCUACAUUGUGGAACCACAAGAGGUAUAACUGCGGGAAGGCUCCAGAGUUUAUCUGUAUGUUCUGUGAUCACGUGACUCACCGCAAGGGCAACUUCAAGAGACACAUGCUACUGCGUCACCCGGAUCAGCUUAGUAAAGGAGGAAGCUACGUGAGGAGCAAGAGUGUCCCAGGGGCUUACCCCUGCGAGUGCGGGAAAGUUUACUCUCUAAAGAACUCACUGUGGUACCACAAGAGGUACAACUGCGGGAGAGACCCAGAGUUCUCUUGCUCGUUCUGCAGUCACAGGACCCACCUCAAGUCUAACUUUAAGCGACACCUACUGUUGAAGCACCCUGGGGAGUUUGUUAAAAACAUGGAGAUGUAGAAUAAUCUAUUAAAUGUUGUUUUCGUAAGCAGACUUUUUGAUGUUUUAAGUGCCUUUGUAUCAAGAUGAUUUCAAUAGUCUGAUGGGAUGGAUGUUUCAAAGUUCCUUAGAUACAUAAAAAACUCUCAAUAUAGAUGUUAAUUUUUGUUGCUACUCAGAUGUAAUUUAUAUUGGAACUUUUGAGCAACACUUGGUUUUUAAUAUAUUUUUAUUUUCUUUUAAAUCUAAAAUCAAAAUUCAUUUAUUAUUCCUUAACAGAAAUGAAGUUAUUUUUGUAUAAAGUACAAUAUUUUAUUUUAGAUUAGAAUGACAUUUUAUUCCUAGCUAAUUUUGUACCACAUGCAAAGUUAUGAGUUAAUUUUCUUUCUUUCUUAGUUUCAAUUUUUGCGUGCUUUUUGAAGAUUAGUCACUUAAGGAAAACUUUAUUGUUUGUUCAUUUACCAAUUUUAUGCGACAGAAAAUGAUUUAUAGCAUUGUUGUCAUUACAUUCUGUUGUUGAAAAUUUCCAAUAAAAAGUACUUGAAUCUCCUGAGAUCCAAAGUACACCAUCUACUAAAUUGUAGAAUAAUAAGUGGAAGUGGGUUGUUAAGCAACAUUUUACUUGCAAUUUGUCCUUAUGUGUAACUUCAUGUAAUACCAUACCCCCUUUCCCACAGCCCAAAUGCCACUGUAAUUGCAAGUUUGUUGCAGCAAGGCUGUUGCAAGGCUCUGACAAGCUGGUUUGCUGCGGCAGGAAGUACUCCAGCUACGGGUCAAUGUGGACACACAAGAAAUACUACUGCGGGAAGCCACCCAUGUUUGUCUGUAACUACUGCAAUCAUCGCUUCCACCAGAAGACACAUUUCAAGUUCCACAUGAUAACAAAACAUAAAGGGCUGGACCCUCAGCUCAACUGAUGAGAUCUUCGUCAAGAGAAGAAGGGCUUAAUGUCAAGAAUGGUAAUAACUACAGACGUGAGGUCAAAUCAUAUUUCCUCCAAAAGUGUAAAUCCUUCAUAGUAUGAGAAUAUCAGUUCCUUACUUGUAUGUGUCAGUUCAAAACCUUCAGUUUGAAGAAUUUUAUUAAUGUCUUGUUAUAGGUUUACAGUUAUUUUAGAUUGUCUUUUAUGGUCAUUGAAAUGUAUUUAAUUGGCUUGUAAAAUAAAUAUUUCAAUACAGUUCAA